CCUAGUAAGUAACUAAAUAUUACUAAAUAACAAUUACAGUAUUUCAAUGUGAUGUCGAUAAUAUUUGAGUAUGAUUGCCAAUAUCUAAUUCGGAAAAAAUAUUGUUUUAUAAACAAAAAUACUCAUGACAAUCUUUUUUAAAACAACUGAAUCUUUGGUACUUCUUGGAAUAUAAAAUAAUUGUUCCCAUAUAGAAGUGCAACUAAAAUGCGAUACUUAACCUUAUAAUUUAUAGAGGUUAUGUUGUGAAACAAUCGUAAUAAAAAUGGCUUAUUUAACAAGAAAAGAAAUAGACGAAAUGAAACCACAAAUAGAAAAAGCAGUUCAUAAAUUUCUUGGUUUUGGGGAACCUGCUAUUGUGACUACAGCUGUCAAUUGUAUUACUUCAGGUUACGAUAAACGCAAAACAGCAGAUAAAUUAUCCGCUUUAUUGGAAGAUAAGAAAGCUUCAAAAUUAACUGAAAAAAUAUUUGCAAUAUAUGAUGAUGCCAAAGCAGCUCAGAAAAGUAAAAAACGGAAUCAUGUGGAAGACAAAGAUAAAGACAAAGAUGCCAAGAAACCUAGAUUUAGGGAUGAUGAAAUCAAAAAUGAAAAGACAACGGAAGCACAGUUAUCUGCUGAUAAGAUAAGACAAAUGAUGGCUAAUGCCCAAAAAGAAAUUGAAGAAGAAAAAGAAGCAUUAAAGACUAUAAAACAAGAAGAGGUUCCACCGGUAAAACCUUUACUUAAAAGAGAUUCUUUACCAACUGUAGGAAGCAUGUAUAAUCAGGGUUUAUUAAGUAAAACAGAUUCCGACAAAGCACGAAAAAUUGCUGCUUUGCAAGCUCAAAUUAGAAGUAAAUUAAGUUCAGGACUAUUAGGUAAUGUCAGUGUUCCAGAUAAACCAACUCCUCUAAUUUUGGAUGAAUCUGGCAGAACUGUAGAUAUAACAGGCAAAGAAGUACAAUUAACACAAGUAGUGCCAACAUUAAAAGCUAACAUUAGAGCAAAAAAACGUGAAGAAUUUAAAGCCCAAUUACAAGAAUCAAAAGGUCCAGAAGAAAUUCAAGAUACACACUUUUUUGAUACUAGAAUAGGUGUAAAACCUGCGGUACGAGGCAAACGUACUCUCAAAUUUCAUGAACCUGGAAAGUUCCAACAAUUAGCUGAAAGAAUUCGUAUGAGAGCUCAGUUAGAAAAGUUACAAAAUGAAAUUAGUCAAAUUGCUAGAAAGACUGGUAUAAGUUCAGCAACUAAAUUAGCGCUCAUAGCUCCAAAAACAGAAGCUCUAAGCGAAGAUGUGCCUAACGUAGAAUGGUGGGAUUCUGUUAUAUUAACAGGAGGAUACCCAGACGAAAAUGAAUCCACAACUAUUAAAAGCUCCACUAUUACAAAUUUAGUAGAACAUCCUACGCAAAUGCGACCACCAACUGAUCCUUUAAAACCUAUAUAUAUGCCUGUAUUUUUAACGAAAAAGGAACGCAAAAAAUUACGAAGACAAAAUAGACGAGAAGCUUGGAAAGAGGAACAAGAAAAAAUUCGAUUAGGUCUCGAACCACCUCCAGAACCAAAAUUACGAAUUUCGAAUCUUAUGCGAGUGUUAGGUACAGAAGCUGUUCAAGAUCCUACGAAAAUAGAAGCUCAUGUUCGACAACAAAUGGCUAAAAGAUUAAAAGCUCAUGAAGAUGCUAAUGCAGCUCGAAGACUUACUGCCGACCAGCGACGUGAAAAGAAAGCGCGAAAACUUAAGGAAGAUACCACACUCGGUGUACAUGUAGCUGUUUACAGAAUACGUGACCUUUUAAAUAACGCUUCAAAGAAAUUUAAAGUGGAAACAAAUGCAAAACAACUUUAUCUCACAGGCUGUGUAAUGCUUUUCCGAGACUGUAAUGUUGUUGUUGUAGAAGGAGGAGCAAAACAAUUAAGUAAAUAUAAACGGUUAAUGAUGAAUCGAAUUAAAUGGGAAGAAGAUAUUAUAAAAGAUAAUGAUGGAAAUGAUGUACCGAACAAAUGUGUUCUCGUAUGGGAAGGUACUAGCAAACAACGUCAUUUUGGAGAAAUCAAAUUUAAAGUUUGUCCAAUUGAAAAAAUGGCUCGAGAGCAUUUUAAAAAACACCAAGUUGAACAUUAUUGGGACUUAGCUUAUAGUGGAGCAGUACUUGAUAACACAGAUGAUAUCCGUUCUUGAAAAUGGAUUCUGUAAUUUCAGCAAUAAAUGCUAAUAUGGACGCAAUGAUAGACAAUUUCAAUACAUUUUAAGUGAGUAAUUAUCGUGGAAACAAACAAUAGUAAAAAAAAAAAAAAAAUAGAAUAAUGUAAGCAGUGGCA